CUCAGAUGUGUCUUCCGGGGUCAAACCUUCUACUACCCCGCUUCGCUCCCUCAACAGUCCUUCCGGCUUGACCGCCAUCACAGAAAGCAGACAUGGCUAUUCGCUACCCUAUGGCCGUAGGCCUUAACAAAGGCCAUCCAGUUACCAAAAAUGUAACUGCUCCCAAACACAGCCGUCGGCGUGGGCGCCUGACCAAACACAGCAAGUUUGUUCGGGACAUGAUCCGCGAAGUGUGCGGUUUUGCUCCAUAUGAGAGGCGAGCCAUGGAGCUGCUGAAGGUGUCUAAGGACAAGAGAGCUCUGAAGUUUAUCAAGAAGAGGAUUGGCACUCACAUUCGGGCCAAGAGAAAGAGAGAGGAGCUGAGCAACGUACUGGCCGCCAUGAGAAAGGCUGCUGCCAAGAAGGACUAAUAUGUCACUUAAUAAACGUUCGCUAAACUACAAAA